CCAAGAAGUAUGAACCAGCUCCUUACAGACAGUGUUCAAUCAGAUUAUGCUCCCUAUUUCUAUGACAAUGCACCAAACAGCACCAAUGGGAACAUGGCAAUGUUGAGCAUUCCUGAAGACACACCGAUAGGGUCCCACCUAUACACUUUAAAUGGCACAGAUAUGGAGGGAAAUGCUGUUACAUAUGGCAUGACAUUUGAUCCAGGAUCAAAAAACUAUUUUGCAGUGGAUCCAGAAAGUGGAAGUGUCACAUUGGUGGAAGAGCUGGACAGAGAGAAGGAAGAUGAAAUUGAGGCCCUGAUCAGUAUUUCUGAUGGUGUGAAUGAAGUUGUGGAAAAGGUUCGAAUACUUAUAACAGACGCUAACGACGAAAGCCCAGAGUUCAUGAAGAUACCUUAUAUUGUUAAUGUCCCUGAGAACACGCCGCCAGGUGCCAGUAUCUUCAAAGUAUAUGCAGUGGACAGGGACAAUGGAUCUGGGGGCAGUGUCACCUACUUUCUGCAGAACAUGCGCAGAAGCAAAUUCUCCAUUGACCGAUACAGUGGGAUUCUCCGGGUUAAGCCAAGCACAUCUUUAGAUUUUGAGAAGUCUCGGGCUCACUUUGUCACUGUUAUUGCAAAGGAUGGUGGAGGGAUACACAAAGGAAAGCAUCAGAUCCGCUCAUCAACUGCCACUGUAACAAUUAAUGUUGUGGAUGUUCAGGACACCCCUCCUGUGUUUACUGGUGUUCCCUAUUAUGGAUACGUGUAUGAAGACACAGAACCCGGUUCAGAAAUAUUUAGUGUGGUGGCUUACGAUGGAGACCGUGGAAACCCAAAUCCAAUCCAUUACUCAAUUGCACAUGGAAAUGAUGGUUCCUUUGAAAUAAAUAGUACAAAUGGGGUCUUUACACUUCUGAAAACUACAGAACAACUUCAGAAGGAUGUUUACAAGUUAUUAAUUCAGGCCUCAGAAGUUGACCCAGAUGUCGAUACACCAGUGUUUAUGACAGCCAUGGUGACAAUCCAAGUGGUCGAUCUCAACAAUCAUCGGCCCACCUUCUAUGGUGAACAUGGACCCCAGUCACAAUUUGAGAUCACGAUGCAGGAACAUCCACCUGCGGGAGAGAUACUGCGUGGUCUGAAAAUCACAGUGAAUGAUUCUGAUCAGGGGGCAAAUGCACAAUUUAGCCUCACGUUGGUUGGCGAUGGGGGAGUAUUCCGAGUUAUUCCACAGACCAUCCUCAGUGAAGCCCAGGUCACCAUAAUAGUGGAGAACUCAACUGCCAUUGACUACGAGAUAUUCCAAAUGUUCACUUUUGAGCUCCUUGCUGUUGAAUCCGAUACUCCAGAACAACUUAGUUCAACAGCCACCGUCAUCAUUCAUAUAGUUGAUACAAAUGACAAUACUCCCAAGUUCACUUCGCAAUUCUACGUCGCUCGGAUUCCAGAAAACUCACCUGGAGGUUCUCCUGUUAUCUGUGUAUCAGCACAUGACCCUGACUCAGAAAUGUGGGGAGAAGUCAAGUACUCAAUACAUGGAACAGGAGCAGACCUAUUCCUGAUUCACCCAAGCACGGGAGUUAUCUACACUCAGCCCUGGGCAGUACUGGAUGCUGAAGAACGAUCGAAGUACAACUUCCCCAUCAAAGCAGAGGAUGUGGAAGGGAAACACAGCUUGGCGGAGGUCUUUGUGAUGGUUCUCGACGUAAACGACCACUAUCCAGAAUUUAAUGAGAACAUUUUGGACAAGGUUAUGAUUAUUGGAUCACCUGUAAAAGUUGAGGCCAAAGAUGAGGAUGCGGAGGAACCAAAUAAUGUUGUAGAUUACUCGAUAAUGCAAGCUGACCCGGCCAACGUUUUCGACAUCGAUCAGGCCACGGGAGAGAUAGUGUUGAAGUCCUACAUCAGAUCUCUGGAGGUCAUUCACAACAUCACCAAAAACAAGGACUGCCAGUGGUCCUUGAUUGUGCAAGCUAAAGACAGAGGCUCUCCCUCCUUCAGCACAACAGCGGUUGUAAGAAUUGAUAUUACAGAGGAGACUUUUGGCAAGGGGCAUUUGGCAGACUUUUUAAUGCAAUCUAAAGAUAAUCCUAUGAAAGCGCUAGGAGCAAUAGCCGGAAUUGUUUGCUUUUUUGUGGUUCUGACUGUCAUAAUUUCCACGGUCAUGUUUUGGCGGAACAAGAAGUCCAACAGAGUGGGUCCCGUGAGACGCAUCAUAAAGCGACGGCCAGGCUGGAAACUGCAGAGCCGCAGGUCAAGGUGGUUCCAGGGUAAGAGGUCAAGGAAAAAAAGGGCUAAUUUAAUGACUUGUGCAUCCAGCCAGCACUUGCAAAACACAAGUACGAACAAUAACCGCCCGGCACUUCCACUGGCUUUGCCAAGUGCACCCUUGCUUCCCCCUCCACUGACCACUCACUCGGCCAGACUCAAUAAACCCAAAUGGGACCUACCAACUGUCUCAGGAUCCAUCAGUCCCAAAACAAACUACAACCCUCAGCAAUCAAAUAAUACCACCAUGAACAUCAAUGGAGCUCUGGUGUCAGAGCUUAAACAGCGCCUGGAGAGAAAAAUGAAAGAAGAUGCUUCUAAGCUGUACUUGUAAAAUGUUUGGAUGCUACAAUAAGUAUUGAUAUGAUUGAAAUGCUCUGUUGUUGAUGCUUUCUAUUUCUGUCAAAGAACUGUGUUUAAUAACUCUGGACAACAAAUCUUUUCAAAAGUGUUGCUUCCUCAGAAUUUUCUUUUUGUUUAUGAUAGACCGCUUGAAGCUGAACUCAAGUAUAAUUUCAGACUAGUCGUAUCACAUAGGGGUUUGGAGAAACAAGAAAUGAACUUUUAUUGAAUGUAGUGCAUUUAACUGCAUAACGGUGCUGACACUUUGCAAUCAUUCAACUAGGUUUAAAAAAGUUUUCUUGAUGAUUUUCAUUUGUACUCAGUGUCUGAGGCUUCUUGCUUCAGUAUUUAGCAAUAAUCAGCCAGCAUUGAUGGAUUCCAGUUGCCCUGAUACUGUUUCUCCGUGACCGUAAUGUCCUGGUGAAACCUUUCACUGUGCUCGUCACUGACAGUGCCACAUUUUGAAGGGAAGAAGUCUAAAUGGGGAUGCAGAAAAUAAAUCUUCAAUGGUUGUGUACACUUGAAGCAUGUUGUCAACCAGCUGCACAUGGUUUGGUGCUCUGUAGUUGCCAAGAAAAUUUUCAACAACAUCCUUGAAUGCCUUCCAUGUGAUUUUCUCCAGUCCCACUUAAAAUUGCCUGUCAUUGAUGGCCUGUUUGAUUUGCGGACCAAUAAAAAAUGCUUUCCUUAAUCUUGGCAUCAGUUGUUCUGACUGGAAUUAUGAAUUGAAAUAGCAAAUAUAGGCGAUUAUUGAAAAAAGGAGCACUGCAGGAAAACGUCACGGUGUUUUUCAUGUUCAGCAGCCCAAAAUCCACAAGAUACACCCAAAAGUAUUCAGGAAGCAAAGUCUUUGUUGUCCAGUGUAAUUGCCUGGUUUCUAACUCACUGCAGCUUUUCUUAAGAAUAAUUUAUGCAUAAUAUUACGCACUCAUUUUUCACUUAAACGUGUCAAUUACACUAGAAUCAGAUUCAGGUUUGCUAUCACUGGCAUAUGUUGUGCAAUUUGUUGUUGAAAUGUGCAUCAUAUGCAGUUUAUAGAUUAAGCAGAUAGAGUAACAAAUUUGACAAGUGGGGUCAGAAGACCACCAGAGAAUACAGAGCGAUCAGAAAGCAAAACAGUUUCAGAAGAGGACAGGUGUUACUCACAAUACAAUAGGACCACAGUGACAUAUAUAAAGUAUAAAGUACACACAAUGCUGGAGGAACUCAGCAGCUUAGGCAGCAUCAAUGGAAAGGAAUAAACAGCAGACGAUUUAAGGCCAAGACCCUUCAUCACCUUGGCCCCAACCAUUGACUGUUCUGCUCCAUAGAUGCUGCCUGACCUGCCGAGCUCCUCCAGCAUUUUUUGUGCGUUGCUCUGGAUUUCCAGCAUCUGCAGGAUCUUUAGUGUACAUAAAAUACAAUCUCUCCCUCUCAGCUCUCAAACACUGAUACUUCCAAUCUUCCACAUGAAUUCAGACAAUAAUUUCAAAGAAGAGCUUAGUUCAUUGUUUUCUCAAAGGAGGGAUCGUAAAAGGCAAGAAACACCCCUUUGGUAAUUUAUGUUUUAAUUAAAAUAAUCCUCGUUUAGUUAUAUCUAUGAAAGGAAAAUGGAUUACCACACUAAAGAAUGAUUGAAUGCUGCACAUUUUUUCAUUAAAGGGAAUCUUAAUUAUGCUGCAAUCACGAUUUUUCACACUUUAGUCACUGGAUUCUAAAUUUUAAAUCAGAAGCAUAACAAUUAAAUUAUGCCCCAUCUUCUCGCUGCCUUAAAAGUGAUGACUCCUUCUUGUCCUUACCUACCACCCCAUCAGCCUCUGCAUUCAACAUGCUAUUCCCUGCAACCUCUGCCAUUUCCAAAUGGAUCCUACUACUAAUCAUUUCUUAACCUUCCCCUUUCUCCACUUUCCACAGGGAUCACUCACUGUGCAAUUCCCUUAUCCAUUCAUCCCUCCCCUCUAAUAUCCUUCCUGGCACUUAUUCCUGCAAACAGCCUAAGUGUUACCCCUGCCUAUACACCUCCUCGCUCCCCUACUUUCAGGGACCCAAGCAGUCCUUCCAGGUGAGGCAUCAUCUCACCUGCAAAUCUGCUGGGGUCAUCUGUUGUGUGGUACUCCCAAUGUGGCUUCCUCUACAUUGGUGAGACCUAUCGUAAAAUGGGGGACCGCUUCAUUGAGCAUCACUGCUUCAUCUGCCACAAGUAGGAAUUCCUGGUGGUAAAAUAUUUUAAUUUUGAUUUCCAUUCCUGUUCCUACAUGUUGAUCCAUGGCAUCCUCUUGUGCCUCUUUCCGGUAAACAAAUUCCAUACUCAGACUUUUUACUUCUUCUCACUUGACUAUUACUUCCCCUUCCCUUUCUCCUAUGGUCCUCUCUCCCCUCCUAUCAGAUUCCUUCUUCUCUCGCUCUUGACCUUUCCCACCCACUUGGCUUCACCUAUCACUUUCUAGCUAUCCUCCUUCCCCUCUCCCCACCUCUUUAUUCUGCCCUGUACCCCCUUCCUUCUCAGUCCUGAAGAAGGGUCUCGACCUGAAAUGUUGAUUGUAUUCUUUCUGCUAAAUGCUGCCAGACCUGCUGAGUUCCUCCAGCAUUUUGUGUGUGUUGCUCUGUAUUUCAAAAUUAGUAGCAGUCUCUGGAAAUCAUCCACAAAUCCAAUGCUAAAUUUGGAUCAUUUCAAUCCUGAUCUUUUGAUUUUGUUGCUUUUUAUUUUAGAUUUCAUUUUGCUGAAUAUAAAUGCACAGUAUCAAACUGGGUUUCAGAAAAAAGUGGAAUGACUUGUUUCUUUCAAAUCAAUUUCUGUUGUCUCAAUCUGCUCAACAGCGAUGAAGUAAUUUUGAGGUGUUGCCAUUGUAACAUUGGAAACCCAGAUGAUAUGUCUGAUUAAGCAAGAUUAAUCUGAUGACUGUCAGUGCAAUGAAUGUUUUUUAUGUGCAUGUUUUUCAAUAUACAUAUUCAUUCUGAGAAAAUGGAAUAUUGUUCAUGUCAUGGUUCUUUAUAAUUUGUUACUUGUCAGAACAGAUCUCUAGGAAUGAUCACCUGUAGGACAAUGUUCGCAUUUUUUUUGCAUUGAGACAGUGACAGAAAUGUUUUAUGUGCUGAUAUAAAAUUCCUUCUGCUUCAAUUAUGGCAUUUGAAAAGAAUAGUGUGAUAAUUAAAAUAGUGAAGAAAGAAUUUGUAUAAACAGAUGUUCAGAUUCAGAUUUAUUUAUCGCAAGUGCAUCGAACCAUACAGUGAAAUGUGCCAUUUGCUUUAACCACCAACGCACGUACUUGACAGAACAACACAGAAUACAACAAAAUGGAACAAAACAACAUCAAAAAGUCCCCUUUCCUCCCUCCCACCCUCCCACCUUAUUCCCAUGCUUAAUAUGGAUAAUAGAGCAUUGUCUUCUCAACCAAACUUUCAUUUGAAUCUGCUUGCUGUGGGUUAAACAUAUUCAGUGAUCCUGCCAAGCUUUACUGAAACACUGCCCAAAGAAAAGUUGGUGGGAGGAUACAGGAAAUGAUCUUCAUUCCUUUAUUCUGGAGCAGAACAAGUAGAGUGGAAAGGGAAGAGAAGGAAAUGAGUGAAGAGGUUACUGUUUCAUUAGUAUCCACCAUUGUAGGGAGGUGGGGAAACAAUAGAUAUUCAGCCUUCUGUGGCCAGGGAUAGGAUGAGUGUUUGGCAAAUCCUUUUUGAUGGUGGGUGUACACUUCAUUUCUACCUAGUGCACUUCAAGGAUGCUUUGCUGGGAGACAUAGAGUACUCAAUGAAUGUCCGUUGCCUCUCUAGAUGAAAUCCUUUCAGUUCACAGAAUAGCACUGGGAUAUUUAGUUGUAAGUUUGGUAUAGUUCUUGUAAAGGGCUCAGGGCAUUAAAAGGCUUUGGAGUUCUAAUUUUUCUCUGUCUUUUUUUCUGUUUUGUGGAUGUCUGCGAAGAGUAAGGAUUUCAGGUUGUAUACAUUUUCUAAUACUAAACUGAAGCAUUGAAGGCAAACUUACAUUUCCCAGUCUUCAAAUAUGUUGUUUUGUAUUAUAUGCUACUUUGAUAAAUAAAAGUUA